ACUUCGUUGCUGAAUAAAAUUACUUUGAAUCAUUUGCAAACUUCACGAUGAAAUUAACUCAACUUUUACUGAUUUGUCUUGUUUCAUUCGUGUUCUUUGCAUAUGUUCAAUGUGAUGGGGAAGAUGGACAAGAUAGUGAAAAUGGAGAAAAUCAAGACGUGCCACGUGGAAAACAUCCAACUUUAAGAAAAGUAUUUUUAAGUGCACCUAGUUGGAUGCAUAUACCAUUUUCAAUUCUCGGAGCGAUAGCAUCAUACUAUUACUACCAUUUCUAUCAAUAAACCAUCUUCGUAUGAAAACAAAAACAUGAUUUGGUUUUGUGCAAAAGUGAAAUUUUGUUAAUGUCAAUGAUCAUUCUAAAAUACAACUAAAAAAAGACAAAAAAAAUUGUAAUAACUUUAUUCGAUAUAUAUAUAUAAAAAAAAUUAACUGAUACGUUUUUGUAUUGUUAAUUAUGAAAUAUGUAUAUGAAAGUAUUUUAAAUUAUAUAAGAAAUUUGAAAUUAUUUCUUUCAAAUUGUUUCAUACUAAAAAAAGAAGAAAUAAUAAUAAUAGUAAAAGAAAAUAGAAAUUAUUAUUGAACAUUGAUCAUGACAAAUUUUGUGUUGACAUUGACAUAGUUCAAUAUUUAGACUACCAGUUAGUUGCGUUUAAUGU